ACCAACGACGUCGGAUGUUUUUAAAAGCCUCAGAUAGACUCGAAGACUCGUGAGAUAAAUCUCUGUCGCUUUCUAGAUAUCCGCGCAGGAGUUAUCAACUAUUCUGUCCUGUUCGCCCCUCCGUCGUCUCUCCCAUCGAUAACACCGAAACACCGUCAACAUGGGAGGCGAUCUCAACUUGAAGAAGUCAUGGCACCCCGUGCUCAUGAGCAAUCAGAAGCGGGUGUGGGAGGAAGAAAAGAAAGCCCUGGAGGAACGAAAACGGACCGAGCAACGUAUAAAGGAGCUCAAAGAGGAGCGGGCAAAGGAAGAGAUCCAGGCGAAGCUCGAGGCCGCUGGCAGUCGCAAACGUGUCGAUCGUGUGGAUUGGAUGUACCAGGGACCAUCCAGUGGCCAGGCAGGGACUACGGAGGAGAUGGAGGGUUACCUUUUGGGGAAGAGAAGGAUUGAUGGCUUGAUCAAGGGCACAGAACAUAAGAAGCUGGAGAAGCAGGCCACACAGGAGAGUUUUAUGGCUGUGCAAAAUGCGAAUACGCUACGAGACACUGCGGCGAAGAUCAGGGAAGACCCGAUGUUGGCAAUCAAGAAGCAGGAGCAGGCUGCCUACGAGGCUAUGAUGAACGAUCCUAUCAAACGAAGGCAAUUACUUGCCAUGGCCGGGCAGGGAGAUGAUACCAAGGUGAAGAAGGAGAAGAAACACCGAAGACACCAUCACCGACACCGAGAUGAUUCAGACGACGAGCGACGACACAAACGUAGAAGAAGAGAUGACGAUAGGGAUCACAGAAGCAGCAGAUCAGAGCAUCGAAGGCGCCGGUCGCCAUCAUACUCGAGAUCGCCAUCACCAGUCAGGAGGAGAGAUAGCUUUGACAGGACUCGACGACCCAGAUCAGCGUCACCGGAUGACAGAGGAAGGGGUCGAUCGGAUAGAGCUAGGGACUACGAUCGAAGGAGGAGGAAUACAUCAUCGGUAGAUACAAGAUCCCCUUCGCCGGACCGACACAGGUCGCCGGAGCGAUACAGAUCGCGGGAUCGAUAUAGGUCACCCGAUCGUCGCAAGUCAUAUCCUGAAGCGAGAGACAGUGGAGAUCACAGGAACAAUGGCGUCAACAGACGGAAUGGGUAUGAUAGAUAUGACCGACGACGAGAUGAGGGUUAUGAACGAAGAGACGAUCGGAGACCACAACGGGAAGAGCCCUCAGAGGACCAAGAGGCUGAGCGACAGAGAAAACUGGCUGCUAUGCAAGAAGACGCAUCGCGCCUGGAUCGGGACCGCGAGAAACGAUUGGCAGCCUUGGAAGAGCAAGAGCGAGCGCAGCGCGAGGCUGAAGACAGGGCUCGGGCAAAAUCGUCCAAAUAUGGCGAUAAAGGGGAUUUCAUCCACGGUCUACAUCGAAAGGCAGGGGAUAUGGGGCUCGCCGAUCGCAUUGGUCGUGGGCGGCAAGGCUUGCAGAGGGAAGAUGAAUAGUCGAACUUCUCACAUGGAGAGCGGGGCUAUCCGACUAAAAUGGCCUACGUGGCAUCAUAUCAUGUACUUGUUAAACUCUUUAUCCCGAGUUGACAUUUCAUUGGGAAGGUCUUUUGGGAGUCUCAGAAAGUCUCUGAAUAGCGUCGCCACCAACUCAUGCCGGCCAAACACUUACGAGUCACGGCCCCGACAACGGCGGGGAGAAGCAGUAAACAUUGUAGAUAACAAGUUAAGGGAACACUGCACUGUACUGGAGCAGUGGCCCUUGGAUAGUGACGGUGUUAAGAAACGAUCCGUAGGAAAUGGUAAAGCCACGCUGCAGUUUGAAAGCCAC